UGUGUAUACAGUGAGCUACUUCACAGGAACGAUGGUUCCCUACUCACCUUUGGCGCUAAUUUAUCCAACGCUGCUCACGGUGUUGUCGCAGAGCAAUUACACGAUUUUCCCAAACGACGAAGGAGUGCCAUACCUGGUCAAGCUCGACGAUAACCCAAUGUCUCUAAAGCAGAUCACCGAACUGGCUGACAAUGUUGACAAGACCACAUUCACCCUUUACACACAGAACAACCGUUACAAUGGACGUAACCUGAUAUUAAAUGAUGUGAAUUCCAUUAAACAGAGUAACUGGGACUCAAGGAGACAAACGAUUAUUGUCACUCACGGCUGGAACAGCGCUGGUACUAAGCAAGUUUGCACGCUUAUACGCGAUGCAUACCUCAAAAUCUCAAACAGCAACGUCAUUAUUGUCGACUGGAGUACGAUAGCGAACAACAUAAUCUAUUCUCAAGUUGCAAAGAGUGUGCCAACCGUGGCUAACCACGUAGCCGCUUUUGUGAAUUUCUUGCGUGCACAUGCCGGUUUACAAACGUCCAAACUGAAGAUAAUCGGACACUCUCUUGGUGCCCAUAUCGCAGGUUUGAGUGCACGAGAAGUGUCGAAAUCUAGCCGGGUACCGGAAGUUAUUGCUCUUGAUCCUGCCAAACCAUUGUUCGAUAGCAAAAAUCCUGGUGAAAGAGUUGAUAAGACAGAUGCAAACAAUGUUCAGGUUAUUCACACAUGCGCUGGAUUACUGGGUCUAGAUAAAGAUGUUGGCACUUCUGAUUUCUAUGCUAAUGGAGGAAGAAAUCAACCAGGAUGCAGCAAUGACUUAUUGGGGUCUUGUGCACAUGGACGCAGUUAUGAAUAUUAUAGUGAAUCUAUUACAAAUGCUCAAGGUUUUGUUGGUAUAUCUGAGAAUGGUAAUUCAAAGGCAUAUAUGGGUGGUCCUAUUCUUGAUUCAAAUGCUAGAGGAGCCUACAACUUUAGAACUACAAGUCAGCCACCUUACGCGAUUGCUGGAUAAAAAUUUUACACGUAAUUUGCAUAUAUAUUAUA